AACACUGGCAGGUGCACGGAAAUCCACCAAAGUAACGCAAUUCGCGAGUCAUUUAUCAACAAUUUGGGGCCGUUUUCAUAUUUAUAAGAAGGAUAAAAUAAGUUGUGUGAUAACCAAUUUGUAAAUUAAGUUAUCUGGAACAGUGUUCAUCAUGACAUUGGACUACCCACCCAGUCGCCUUGAUACGAGCAGUUCUGAAGCCCGUGCAAUACUCAAUCAACCAUUUCCUGCCUUUACGUGUCUCUGUGAGCUGUGUGAUUGCGGACGACACAAGCAUCACAAGAACUGUAAAAAAAGGUACAAGCGGAAUCGCUUUGGUCCUAACAACAAAUGUUCGCUGAGUCAUUAUCAAGAAACCUUCAAGGAACCUGAUGAGGGUUACCAGCGUCGUCUACCCAUGAUUCCACCUCCAACACCAAGAGACCCCAAUCCUCCUGACAUGGACUUCAAUACAAUCCAACGAUCAGACUAUCAACAGAGAGUUCAAGCGAAGAAACAAGAGCCAAUCAAAAUGGAAGAGAAUAUGGAGCAAAGUACUGCACCCUUUGAGAACAAGACGUCUUACAAUGUGACUUAUCAAGGUCAUACGUCAUUCCCUGAAAUUAAGAUGCUUAGACCGAGCACUCAGAACAGGAAGGGUCUUAGAUCAGCAAAGUUUGACAGCAGGACAUCAAACAAGGAGCACUUUAAGCACUGGGUGCCACGCCCAGCCAAAUCGUUCGGUGAACUACCUUCAUUCACAGGAUCUAUCUUGUACCCCGGACAGAAACUUGGAGAGUUGGAGUCCGUGUCAAAGAGAGACUUCCCUGGCAAUCACGCAGAACAAACACUUGCUGCUAAAAAGCUCCCCGACAAUAUAGUCAUUGAAGGUGACUUCGACCACAUCACAACCAAUAAACACACCUAUAAAGAUAUGGGACCACAAGAAAAGAGUCGCACCAUUAAGUUUGCCUCACAGUUGGGCCGAGACAAACGCUCCAAAUUUGACGGAAAGACACAGAACAUGAGGGACUUCCCAGGGUACCGCAGUCAACCCCUCCCUGAGCACCCUGUGACUCCGCCCCCAACUACUAUCCGUCUUAGCAUGGACUCAAGAUUGGACUUUGUGACUGAACAACGAACCCAAUAUCCAGGACAUGACACGAGGAAGCAUCCUAAGCCAGCUCUGAUGACCAAAGAUCCAACGGAGUAUAUACCACCCACAACCAAGUUUACUACAACUACAACAAAUAAGAUGACCUACAAGCCAAUUGAGUCCAAAGAUGCUUACGUUGUGUCUAAAGCUCGUCCAAUGACCAACACACAGAGACAACCAGCCAAGUUUGACGACCAAACAAUAAACAAGCGCUUCUACAAAGACUGGGGUGUCAAGGCUCGCAUACGCUACGGUGAUUUACAUGAAGCUAACAUAUACGUACCAGCUCUAGGUAAAAUGGCCACCGAAUCAGAGACAAUGAAUAAGUUUGAGGGGAAGACACUAGAUCAACCCACCCGUCCGUUUGUUCCCGCUAACAGGCCUGUUGAAGAAGCAGGAAAGCAUGAUUUCCGCACAGUACACAUGGAGACAUACAAGGGGAAACGUAAACCACUGUGCAAGGCAGAAGCAUAUAUACUUCAACAAGAAUUACUGAGGCAGAAAGGUCUUGGAGGUACUGGUCCUCAGCUUACACUGGAUGCCUUAGAGCCAUUAACAGCCACCAUUUAAACUGGACAGUUGUAGGCAAUGAAUAUCUAGGGCUUUUGGCACAUAAAUAAUAACAACCAUAUUUGGUAACACUCCUUUUUCCAAAGGAUACAAAGCUAGGU